GCCUUUCUCUCAGCUGUUUCCCUUCACCUCAUUCUUUCGAGCUCCAGCUACUAUGCCUCCCUCGCCCACAAGCAAAGCGCCCAAGUCUUUUGAUGAGCUCAAAGAGCUUCUCAAGGACGAUACUAUGGUCAAGGUCGCCGGCAUCGACGUCGACGGUAUCCUCCGCGGCAAGAUCAUGAGCAAGGCCAAGUUCCUCUCGGCCGUAAAGAGCGACUUCGGCUUCUGCGGGGUCGUAUACUCUUGGGAUAUGCACGACCUCACCUACAGUCGCGAGCUGCUCGUAUCCAACAAGAGCAACGGAUACCGCGACAUUCUCGGCAAGAUCGACCUGACUACGUUUCGUCGCAUUCCUUGGGAGGACAAUGUACCCUUCUUCCUCGUCUUCUUCCAGGACCAGGAGUCGGACGAGCUUCUUCCGGUCGACCCGCGCAGCCUCCUUGAUAAGGUAGCGAACAAAGCCAAGGGAAUGGGCUGGGAUUGCAUGAGCGGCGCCGAGUUUGAGUACUUCCAGUACGCCGAGACGCCGCAGUCGCUCGAGGAGAAGCGCUUCGUCGGCCUUACACCCCUCACCCCCGGCGCGCACGGUUACUCGCUCCUCCGCCCGACAUUGAACAAGGACUACUUCUACGACCUGUACAAUAUCUCGACGGCGAUGGACGUGGAAAUCGAGGGCCACCAUACCGAGACAGGCCCUGGCGUUUUCGAGACCGCCCUUGCGUACACGGAUACGCUCCGCAUGGCGGACAACGCUGUGCUUUAUAAGCUUAUCGCCAAGAGCGUUGGAAUGAAGCACAACAUUAUGCCCACGUUCAUGGCCAAGCCGUGGGAGAACGAGUCGGGAUGCUCUGGUCAUAUCCACGUCUCCCUGCGUGGCAAGGACGGCAAGAAUGUGUUCGCUGCGACUGAGGCCGAGGUCAAGGCUGGCGGUCGCAAAGACGCCUCUUUCCCCGACCUUCGAUUUGUGUCGAAGGAGGCUGAGUGGUUCCUCGCCGGCGUCCUGACGGGCCUUAGAGAUGUUAUCCCAAUGAUGUGCCCUAACAUUAACUCGUACAAGCGUCUGCUUGGCGGUGAACAGUAUUGGGCCCCAGAUACAGCUUCGUACGGGUACGACUCGCGCAUAGCAUCGAUCCGCAUCAUCUGCCCUCCCGGCGUUGGCGCGUAUGCCUCCCGCUUCGAGGUUCGCAUCCCCGGCGCGGAUAUGAACACGCACUACGCUAUGGCGGCCAUUUAUGGGCUUGGCCUCCGCGGCAUCGAAGAGAAGUUGGAGCUACCGUACGGGCCCAUUGGCUCGCCUGGCGUCACCCGCGACACGAUUGUGCACCUCCCUACGUCACUGGAGAAGGCGACUGAGGCGUUCAUGGCCAAGGAUAGUGUCGCGCGCAAGGUGUUUGGUGACUUCUACGUCGACCACUUUGGCGGCACGCGUGAGCACGAGCUCGAGCUUAACCGCCGCGCUGUGACGGACUGGGAGAUGCGUCGCUACUUUGAGCUGGCCUAGGAGCCAGUAAGGAACUAUAUUUGAGUCGUAGGCGACACCAGAAGGAUGUAUACCCGGACAUGAUAUCAAUUCCGGGCGUGGCGUUGUGUGCGAUACUAGGAUAUGCAUGUGGUUAAAGAGA